UGUGUAUAUAUAGCGUCUUCGAAGGCAGAUGUAAACAACAAAGCAAAGGACGGUCAUCUCCAGUAUUUUCACCGCAAGAAUAAUAAAAUUGCCAAAAUAAUUAUGAAUAACGAAAUUGAGACAGAAACUGACGCAACUCUAGCCAAAUUGACGUCAACAUCAAAGGUAUUGACCAUUGGAGAUCCGAAGGUAGUCUUAAGUCCCACAGGCCCUGAGAAAGUUAAUCACUUGAGGAAAUUCAAGGCGGACUGCACAAACUAUUUGAGUUUAGUUCUAAUGGGAAAUCCAACGCCUAUCGACGAUGUCAGCGGCUUCUGUCCAAUUGAAUGGUUUGGUAUGGAAACCAUCACCAAGCCGAAUCAGCCCACCCGCUAUCAAUUCUACUGUUUCGCCGCACAGAGAACACAGCCUAAACAUAAUCAUAUAAAAUACUUCUACCAGACAAUUAAUGCAAAUGCCAUUUUGCGCGACGUUAGGCAAUUUCUGAGAAAGGAACGUUGGAUAUCCAAGUAUGUUUUAAUGGGACCACUGAAAGCAGAAAUAGAACUUAAUGCCUAUAGUCCUGAGGAAAAUCAUGUUUUAACAGUUAUCUCUAAAGCCUUCGAUAUUGAAAGAGCGAAGGUGUUCCCUUACUUGAUGUACUUUCACAGAGAACGUGUACAAAAUAAGCUGAAUCGAUAGUAAAUUCAUAUAUAUAGAUUUAUUAAUUAUUUACAUUUAUAAAAAAAAAAAUAGAACACAUACGCAAUGAGUUUUUUUAU